CAGGCUUUUUUGUGAAGUGAAUUGGCAAAAGUUGCCCGCAGUGAAGAUGGCUGACCGCCGUGCGCCACAUCCGGUCAGCUGUACGGUGCUUCCGGUUGGUUUAGCCUCAGGACUGGCGGCUGGUAUACAGUGAAGUUGAGGUGGUGAGUGAUGUGUAUCUGAGCUGUGACAACGUCCGGAGGGGCCCCGGGGGCCUGGCCACGCCUGCAUGUCAUCCCCAUAGAAGGUUCCAGUACUGACUUUCUGGUUUAGUCCCCUGUUCAGCAUCAUGGCAGAGAGGAACAGUACUAGCUGGUCCAAGAAGGUGGCAGCCUUCUGUGCCAAUCCAAGGUCCUUCUUAGCCAGCACAACCGUGGAGAGCUUUGUGGAUGAUCUGUUAAAAGAUCUGAAGAGUGAAAGUUUGAACGAACAAACAAAGGUUUUAAUGCUGAAUCUUUUAUUGGAGUUUCCUACAACCUUGUGUCCAGAGAAAGCUGCAGGUGAACUUACUGCUGAGAUCCUGAUGAAUAUUUUACAUCAAAUGUCAACUUCAGUCAAAAGUAUAAGUUUAAGGUGCCACCUUCUUUUGGCAAUCGAGACUGUGCUGAUCACUACUGAUAACUUCAACUGCAAUUGCAAAGUAUCCCUGGACUUUGCCUCUUCGCUAAUGUACCUUAUAUCAGACAUCAACGACAAAAAGCAGGGGUCAUCCAAUAGGCCGGUACGUGUCAUGGCUUGCGAGUGCCUUCGAGAACUGGAGUACUGCUACCCGGGGCUCCUGUCACAAAGGCUGGAACAUUUAUACACAAUGCAGCAACAGGAAAUUACUAGUGCUCAUCAGUCAUACACGCUGCUAUACAGUGUUGCCCUCAAGAAUGCAGUACAGAUCCUAGCACAGAAAGAGGGACCGUCUGAUGGAAACCUUAAGCAAAUGCUGACAAGCAAUGGCAGUUUUGUUUGGAGCGCCACGAAAGACAUGAAGGAACUGAAGCCGUCAUCAGGAGAGCAGCUUUUUCUGCUACCAUCAAACAAUGAGACAAAAGAAUUUAAAUCUAUCUUGGCUCUGCUAUUAGAGGACUCCUAUCUCUUUACUGCUGCAUGCCAAAGCACUCUGUUUUGGCAAAUAACACAGAUUGUGGCCAUGGUUCGUACCAUAUCGCCCGUCAUUUUCAAGUCUCAGCUCGUGCGACUGUUUGGAACAAAAGACGUAUCGUGUUUUCACGGCAUUCUUCAGAUGAAAGCAGUCUUCACCGAUAGUUUGUUCACAGCUGAAGAUGAGCACUUUCUUCUCCAGAGGCUGGUGGGGAUGACGCAGCACCCACUUCUCUCUACGCCGUUGAAGCUGUUCUACUUAGAUUGUCUGUUGCACUUUCCGGAGAACAGACCGCUAAACUCGAACCCUGGGGAGAACCUACCGGUCCUACUGACUGUCAAAAUGACAUCAUCCUUAUUCCCCAAUAUUUUCAAUGACUGUACCACAAUGCUCUGCAGGCAGAAUUUGCUGAGUAUGGUCUACCUGGAAAACGAAGGCUAUCGCUCUGAGAAGGGUAUAGGAUACUUAUUUGAACAUCUCAUGGCGCUGUAUAGCAUGGUUGACAAAAAUGCAUGCAGAGAGAUUACAGCAACCUUUUUCCGCUCUGUGUAUCUUUUUGUUCGCUACUUUCAUUUUUGUGAUAAGCACAUGGAGAACUUGACUGAAACUCUGUUAGCGCUGUACAAAAGCCAAAGUUCUCUUGCACUUUAUUUUAUUAAUUUGAUUAAUCAGACACAGAUUUUACUGGAAUUUCAGCCUUGGCCAGGGUCAUUGUCUAAAGGUUUACAAAGGCACGUAGUCAACCUUCCUAUGGAAAGUUCAACUAUGAAGUUUCUUCGUUGCCAUCUCAAAGUUCUCUGUAGGGUCGCCCAAGAAAAUACCAUUUCACAAACGAGUACAGUCCUCUUCUUAAGACGUUUGGUUUUUCAGUCUGACCUGUGCCAAAAGGGGGACUGGGGUUUAGGUAAUGCUUUGUUGUCUGUCUGCAAACACGUUCUCCAACAUGAGCAUCUAAACGUUGUCUUCAUGCACUUGGCAGAUCUUUUACAGCAUCUGAUGCACCAUUUUGAAGACAUUGACAUCCAAGACCGCUCGCGCCUGUAUUACAUUCUCUUGACCAAUGUUUCCAACGACAAGCUCGGUAAAAUUCUCAACAUGUCCCCGAUGGGCGGUCCAACAAAAACGAGGUCUUUGUCCUCGAUAAUGACUGAAAGUGAGAACUUCUCCACCUUGCUUACAAUUCACAAUACCGAGAAAACGAUUCUGUGUUUGUGUCCCAUUCAUGAUGAAAAGGGUGCUUUGUUGCCUUUUGCUGAAGAUUUUAUGGAAGAAACUCCAUCAGCUGAAUAUGAUCUUGAACAUUACUAUCGAUACCUUGAGGAUCACGCUUCCUCAUUGCUCGCUUUGAAGUACCAUUUGACUUUCAAAGGAGAGGUUGAGAAAAAGUUUCAUAAACUCUCUUGUAUUGUGCUUCACUUUGAACUUUCGAAUGCUAAUUAUAAAGAAAUUGGUGACAUUAAUGUAAUGUGUCUCUACGCUGACAGAAAACCUCCAGUGGUCACUAUUUAUUUGGUUCCCAAAGAACCAUAUCCAUCCAUAUUGGGUGUAAAUGCCACAUUUAAUGCUGAGGAUGGGUGCACUUAUCUUUCAAGAUUCGAACCUUUGCAUAUUUCAUUCCCAGAACUCUUCGUUUCUAUUCCUGUGCCAGAGUCUUGCCCAUUGGAUGCCCGGUACCACCUGUUUGGCAAUCUCUGGCAAACUAUGCAGCCUGAUGAUCAAAGCCAGUGUGAAGAAAGCAUAUUCUGCCACAAGAUGUCAAAAGAGUCUCUGCAAGUCUUUGUGCAGUCUCAUUUUUCUAAAUUUGUGGUGUCUUAUCAUGAUCACGAAUACAAAAUUGCCAUUUUGCUACCACCCAGGUUCCACAUUUUGAUUCAUGCUCAUUAUCACGAGGACACGGCUUGUUUUGACAUUCGAACUGAUAACUGGAGAAUACUGCCAUACUUGAAUUCCCAUCUUCGUGAUCUGUCAAAUAACACGUGAAGAAAUGAUUAUGAAUGUUCCAGUAGUGGCGCAGAAGUGGUCGAUCAUUUUAAAUGCUGAAUUCAUUUUCAGUUUGAUAGUUUAGAAGUUACUAAAGGCAAAGGGCAAGGUACACUUGGCCUUAUCCCUCAGGGCUGCAGCCACGUGACUAGAUAAGUGUCAUUCCCAUGAAUAAUGGUUCAGCC